AUGGGAAAUUUUUUGGGAAAAAUAUUUGGAAAUAAACAUUUUAGAAUAUUAAUGCUUGGAUUAGAUGCAGCUGGUAAAACUUCGAUAUUGUACAAAUUACGUUUAAAUCAUUCGAUCACAACCAUUCCCACAGUUGGAUUCAAUGUCGAAACAGUUACUUAUAAAAAUGUAAAGUUUAAUGUUUGGGAUGUAGGGGGACAAGAUAAAAUUCGACCAUUAUGGAGACAUUAUUACACGGGAUCGCAAGGUCUAAUCUUUGUUGUUGAUUCAUCUGAUCGCGAUCGUAUUGAUGAAGCCAAAGUUGAAUUACAUAAAAUAAUAUCAGAUCGUGAAAUGAAAGAUGCAAUUAUAUUGAUAUUUGCGAAUAAACAAGAUAUUCGAGAUUGUAUGAUACCACAAGAAGUACAAGAUCGUUUACAAUUAUCAAAACUAGCUCAUGAUCGAAUUUGGUUUGUACAACCGUGCUGUGCAACAAAUGGAGAUGGACUAUUUGAAGGACUUACAUGGUUAACAUCAAAUUGUAAAUAA